GCAAGACCUGAACAUGGCAAGUCAAGAUGGCCUCUUCGGUCGUUCCUUACUAUGCCAUUCUAUUCUCAAGUUCUCACACUCCACGCUUCCUCGCUCUGCGAGUCCUUCUGGCUGGAAUCACAUCCAAGCUCCUGAUAUCUUUGUUUUGAUUGAGCAACUUGACCACGGUUGUAUACAGCUCAGGAUCGUCCAUGGCACCAACGAUCUGGUCCUUCCACUUACUGCCAUCGUCCAAGAGACCAAAGAGUUGCACAAAAGACAACCCAAACAAUCACCCGACAAUUUACCCAUCUUUGGCCUGACUAAAGGCACCGCCUUGGCAAUUCGAUAUNUUUGCCAGAACAACCAGGUUAGACGUAUUCAACUACGAUUCCCCGAUGAAGCCUCGUGCGAAGAGGCUGUGCAGCUGCUCUCCAGUCACGGCCUUAUGUUCUCUGUGCCCAACGCCAAACAAAACACACAAGUUCAAGCUCGUCCUAUGACAGCUAAUUCAUACAUGAAUCGCCAACCUUCUGCGCAGUCCGCCCACUUCGAUCAUAAAACUUCCUCGAUCAUCGUACCGACGAUCCAAGAUGCUUUCCAGUCAACCUCCCCAAACGCUCAGCAGCAGUUGAGUCAGCACACCGAUCCAGCCAACCAGCACAUGUUCACUUCAUCACCGAGUUCAAAAGUGUAUCAGACCACGAAUUUUCAAAGACAACCAUCGGUCAAUCAGGAUGAGCUGUCUCGCAUGCACAUGUUCACUUCUUCUCCAGGACCGAAGGAAUAUGAGACUCGAAACAUCCAAAGACAGCCAACUUUUGCUCCCAUUCGCACGAGUGAAGAGCCAGCAGAAAGACCUUCGACCGCGCCGAUCGAGUGGCCAUCAGACAUGACAAGAAAGAUGCUGCCUCCUCGUCGGGAACUUCCUUUCCCGAAACCAUCCAGCAGUCCUGCAAAGACCAAAACAUUGCCUCCUCUUCCCAAGCCACGUUAUGUUUCGGAAGCUGCCAAGCCAGACAAAACAGCAGAAGAAGAGAGUCAAAUUCGUGCACUGUCGGAGAACAGAAUCCAACCAGAAAUCACACGGCUUGCUACCCCUUGUGGACCUACAAGAUUCGAACCUCCAGCAUCACGCAUGUACAACUUCAGCCUGAAAGACGACCCUAUGGUGAUCGACAAUGACAGCCCUAAGUUCAGCGAUACCAGCACUCUAGCUCACGAGACCAAUCGGGACGUCAUUGUCGACUCAGAUCAACGCUACCGUAGCAGCGCAAGUCCUGUCCACUUCGCCAGUUCCGGUCCAGGAGGCAGGCUACCCUCAAGUUCAGAAAGAUUGUACUCUUUGACUCCUGAGCAGAUGAUCUCGUCCAGCCCAUCUGAGAGACGCAGCCAACGUCUGGCUCAGAAACACGUCCAGCAAGAUGCCGAGAUGCAAGACAUGGAAACAUCAACGAAUUCAGCGCAGCAGAGUGCGCAGCAUGCGCUGAGGCAGUAUGCUGAGCAGCCCAAAGAAACCCGGGCAGAGGCCAUCAAGCAGUUCAUCCUGGCCAGUCUCGAGGAUGAUGCCUUCGUCAAACUGUGUAUCGACGUGGACGCAUGUUGGCAACGUCAGGUGCUGGAUAAACGUAUUAAUGGUGAGCUUAAACGCCAUGCU